ACUAAGUUACUAUUCCAUUCUAUUCUCCUCCUUCAGAAGAAACAGAAGAAUUCUCAACAUGAAGAUGUUCAUCCUUGUUGCCCUUGCCUGCCUUGCAUCUUCUGCCAGCGCUGAGUUUACUUGUGACGAUUGCCUGUCUUUUGCAGGCAAGCUUGGAGGUUACCUCCAGAGUGCUGGAAGCAUCGAGGAGCAAGUUGAGAUUCUUGUUGCUAGUGUCUGUCCUCUUCUUGAUGACCCUGCUGGAUGUGAGACUGGAGUAAGAACUUGGUGGGAGGGAAUUGCUUUGGCCAUGUACCCUGUCUUCCUUGAGGCCAACAGUGUCUGUGGACUUCUUGGAGCAUGUGGACAGAAGAGUGUUGUGAAAGCACCAACCUGUGAUGAAUGUGCUGGUAGUAUCACUACUGUUGCCGGUGUCAUUGAGUCUGAAGCUAAAAUUGCUGAAAUCAUUGAAUUCUUGAAGGGAGAUGGUUUCUGUGUUGGAACCGGAGCUGCUGAGGGAUGUGGUGUCUACAUUGAUGCUUUCAUGCCUGCUGCCAUGCCCGUUCUUGCUUCAGUUCUUACUGAGAGAGCAGAGACUUACUGCUGUGAUCUUUCUGACGAAGGAGUCUGCUGUUAAUUUGCUUUUAGUCAAUGUUUUUAAUAAAUAUUAGUAAACAAA